AUGGAAAAGCCCAGAUUUAGCGGUAGGGUUUCAUACUCGUCUUUGCUAGGAGCUUCACCGAUGUCAGAUAGUUUGGUGAUGAUUGGGCAUGAGCAGAACAUCAAUGGUAGCCGGAAACUGGGAGAAGAUGCCAAACCGUUUGAGCCGCCGAAGGAUUACAUCCAUAUCAUGGCAAGAAGAGGGCAAGCCACCGACAACCACAGCCUAGCUGAGCGGGUCAGGAGAGAAAAGAUCAGUGAGAGAAUGAAGCUUCUCCAAAAUCUUGUGCCAGGUUGCAACAAGGUGGCAGGCAAGGCUGUUAUGCUCGAUGAGAUCAUCAACUACGUGCAGUGCUUGCAGUGGCAAGUUGAGGGAGAAUGGUGGCAUGCACUGCUGCUUGUUUGUACCAUGCUGCAGCUCUUCGCCCAAGCAUGAGUUAAGUAUUUUGCUCAAACUCUUUCUUGUUUCUCAUUCCAUUUAUUAAACUAGUCUUUCUGCUUGAUCUGUAUCAUUGUCUCCUAUGUUCUUGUGCAUCACUAGUUGUUUUCAUUUGAAGAUCAGACUACUGUUCAAUCUCCACCAGGAUCAUCAGCUGCCGAUACUUUGUUCCAAUCAGUACAUUGAGAACAACUUUGCUCGUGGUUCUAACUCCAUUAACAACAAAUCCUUAAAAACUCCAUGUGAAGAAACCAUUGAGAUUUAAGUUGCAAUCAAUUCAGAUGCCGUGAGAUUAUUAAUAUUCAUCAAGUUUUGUAAUAUUUAUUCAAAGAUAUUAUGUAACCAAUAAAAAUAUGGUUUUGGACAAUUCUGGGUGUAAUUAAUUGAAAUAUAUACACCAAGCAAUAUGUUUUAUGGUGAAUAUUAGAGAAUAUUUUAUGUCAUUUUGUUUC